UCAAAAUAAAAUAAAACCCAAACACUGUCAUAAUGUUUUGGCCAUGCAGCACAGACAAAUCCUACCAUCGUGGCAUCCCGUUAGAGGGACUGAAUGUGUCCCAUUUGAUAAGCUGUUUGCCUUGUCAUGUCGUGCACCCAUACAUUGAAAGCGUGUUUUCAUGCCUCUUGGCAAAAUAACUGUGGCUUUAGAUAGUGGCAUCUUUGAGAACACCUAAUAGGAAUUUGCCAAAAUAAAUAUGGCAGUUUUGCUAUUCUUCACGGAUGGGGAGGAGAAGCUGGUGUCUUCUCUGGCGUGACAAGGAAUAGAUGUGUUCCCAGUUCUAUCUCGAUGCCAUUUGCCACCCAAACGGAGGCUCGUUCUGCUGCCUCGCACCAGUUGACAUCUGACUAAUCAGAUUCUAUUCCCUGUCUGCUGUUGAGGGAAAAUCAUUUAUGUGGGGAGGGGCUGUGUCUCCCCCUCCCUCUGCUCUAAUCCAUCUAUCACUGUCUAUCAGGCUGUCAAUUUCCACUCACCUCACUGCUUACCUCUUUUUCAACCCAUCUCUCGGAAGGGCUGGAGACCUUGAAUUUGUGGAGCAUCCGAUCCACUGUUUUGUGUUUGAUUUGAAUGAAAAGAAUUUAACAAAAAAAAAAAAAAAAAUUGAAAAAAUGGACAAAAAUCACACGUGUUCAAGUUAAUUUGUAUAUGUGUAUGAUGUAUAGCUGCUGUUCCUGUUGUUCAGGUUCAUAACUGCAAAAGGUGUGUGAAAAUUAAUUGUGAUAAGUAAUAAAAUUCAGCCCAGCCCAUUUAAUACAUUAAGGAUUUUUGCUGCCACCCCUUCAAUUUUUUAAUUGAUAACAUUUAUGUCAUGAACACCUUGAUGUCUUUAAAGAAGGUGGCUCAAAAGAAUUUUGAAAAAUUACAGAGGCUAUGUUACGCAUUUUGGGUUUCUGCCUUACCUUUAGUGUUAUAUAUACAGUAACUGUUAUUUUGUGCAUGUUAAAGAUCUGCAAACUUAUAAAGCUCAAAGUUCUCCCCAAGGGGAGUUACUCUCUUUAAUUAGCAGUUAACACUGCUUGUUAACUGCCUAAGAUGGUUCAUUUGAAGUUCAGGCUUUUUUUGUGUUAUUUAUGUCACCACGUAACACAUUUGCUUAACAUCUGCCUAGCGACUAUGCUGGCCUUUAAACAAAGAAUGAGCAGCUUCUGGUCUGCCAUUUCUUCACUAGAGCCUUUUCUGCAAAGGCUACAUUUCUUUGUCUUGGUGGGUACAGUACAUAUCCAUCGUUUCCUUGUUUCCAUUGGACCAGCUGACCAAUCAGAGCAGACUGGGCUUUUCAGGGGAGAGGGCAGUAAAGAGAAAGGAAAUAAAACAGAGCAUUCCUGAAAGAGAGUGAGCAGAAAUGCUGCAGCAGUGUCCAAUAUGAGAAAAAAAUGUGUGUUUUUGAACAUAAAAGCAUGCUUAUAAUAUUAGAGCCUGAAAAUAUAAAAUAUAAGUCUGUAAAUGUAUGUAGUACGGGCUCUCACAACUCAGGAACUCUUCUGUUUAUGUGCUAAACAUAUUAUGUUCAUUGUCUCAUUCAUAGGUACAAUAAAUACAACAAAUACAACAAAUGAAUAAAAUAAAAUAACAUAAUGCAAAAACAAACACAAUAACACACCAGUGUGACCCAGCCCUCAGCUGCAUUAAUAGAUGCUUUCUUUAAAAGUUGCCGUUUGCACUGCUGGUUAACAAAUACACCCAUUCACUGGGACGCUCGAAAGGAACUGUCAGUUACCAGAGAGGAAUAAUUCCAAUCAAAAUCUAAUCUAAUUAAACUGCCUUUUAUUAUCUUUUUGGAGUUCAGUUACCAAUGGCUCAUUAAUAUGCAUAUUUUAACCCUCAUGUUUUAAUCAUUACAGUGUACAGGGGAUUUUCAAAAGCACUUUGAAUGGCAUUUUUUUUUUCUUUUCUGUUGCCUAGAAUCCUGUUUUGCAUCGUUGAUAUGAGCUGAAAUGUAGAUUGAUGUGGCUUAUCAUCUGUCCUCCCAUCAGCUCAGGAAAUGAAGGGAGAAAUAAAGACGGAGAAUAAAGGAAAUUAAAACUAGGAAAUCACAGUCAGAUAUCAAGGGCAAUUGUGGCCAUCAGAGUAAUGGACAUUAAUGACAAUGCACCUGAAUUUGCCACAGAAUAUGAGGCCUUUUUGUGUGAAAAUGGAGGACGUGGACAGCUGAUCCAGACUGUCAGUGCGGUAGACAAAGAUGACCCAAUCCAGGGCCACUACUUCGACUAUCGUCUAGUCCCAGAGAUGCUCAACAACCCCAAUUUUACCAUCAAAAACAACCAAGACAAUUCAAUCAGUGUUCUAGCCAAGCAUGAUACCUUCCGACGACAGAUACAGGAGAUGUACUUCCUGCCAAUCAUUGUGACGGACAACGGAAACCCACCGAUGAGCAGCACCAACACCUUGACCAUCAGAGUGUGUGGGUGCAGCAAGGAUGGAGUCGUCCAAUCCUGCAACGUGGAGGCUUAUGUCUUACCUAUUGGCCUUAGUAUGGGGGCUCUCAUUGCCAUCCUGGCCUGUAUUAUACUCCUGUUAGUAAUAGUAGUACUAUUUGUGACCCUGAGGAGACACAAGAAUGAGCCUCUUAUUAUUAAGGAUGACGAAGAUGUGAGGGAGAAUAUUAUCCGCUACGAUGAUGAAGGAGGUGGCGAGGAGGACACCGAGGCGUUUGACAUCGCCACGCUGCAGAACCCAGACGGCAUCAAUGGUUACCUGCCACGGAAGGAUAUCAAGCCUGACCUACAGUUUAUGCCGCGGGCGGGCCAGCACUCGGGCCCAAAUGGUGUGGAUGUGGACGAAUUCAUCAAUGUACGUCUGCAUGAGGCAGACAAUGAUCCAACAGCACCGCCUUACGACUCCAUCCAGAUCUAUGGAUACGAGGGCAGGGGAUCCAUUGCAGGCUCCCUCAGCUCACUGGAGACGGCGUCAUCAGACUCGGACCAGAACUAUGACUAUCUCAGAGAGUGGGGGCCACGCUUCAGAAGACUUGGGGAGCUGUACUCUGUGGGAGAGAGUGACCGUGAGACCUGACCUUUGGUUUGUUAGAAAAAAAAAGACCUUUGAGAUUUUUUUUUCUUUUUCUGUUCACAUACUUGUGUAUUAAAUGCUAGAGGGUUUGCUGGCUUUUAGAAACAGGUGUUUAAAAAGAAAAAAAGUUAAUAACAAGGGAGGCCACCUUUUUGUAUUCUUUUUAGAGUGAAGUAUAGCAGUCGUCAUCCACUACGUCAAGCGCAUUGUAAUUGUUGAGCCAAACAAUGUCUUUAUUAGGAGAUCUAUGAUUCUUGUGGAGUGUAACUUAGAUUCCGUUGUGGAGUGUCUAGCAGUAUUUUGGGUGUUAGUCAUUCGCUGUGACUGCCAGUAGCAGAAAAGCCCUGGCAUCGCCGGUAGUUGCCCAAUAAACGGAUGUUGUUGGGUUCUCUGAAGCUUGAGCGGACACCAUACUCCAUGCUCCAUGGACACCAAGCUGGACUGCAGAAGCUGCAGAGGGGCUCUUGUUUCAUGUCUCCCUACGCCACCCAGCUGAUUGGUGAUUGGAAAUAAAAUGACAAUGAAAAAGCAAUACAUGGUCUGCAUUACAAUGAUGAAUGUAUGAUUUGAAAAAAAAAAGCAAAAAGACAAAGCAGUAUUGGCUUUGAGGUGAAUUUAUUAUCAUUUGAUAUGUUCUUUGGUGGCCACAUUUAUAUACUAUCUAAAGCCCAGAGUGGCUUGCUUUAUACAACUCUUUGUAUUUACACGCUACAGGUGUGGGUCGCAAAUGUUACUAGCCUAUAAGACUGAAGUGAAGACAAAAAAGAGAAAUGUAGAAACUCUGAGGCCUUCUUUUUACAGAAGCAACAUUAAAUACAAUUGUAAUCUACUGUUUUUGACAAGAGAUGUGUUGAUUCUUCAUUAUUGUUCUAUAAGUUUUUGUAUAUCUGUUCUUAAGUCAUUUUUUCUGUGCUGACUAUUUGAAGUGUUUUUAGAUAAUUUCACAUUCAACUGUUUUUUCAACCACUUGAACACUAUUUCCUAACAGCCAAACCAUAUCAUGAAUUUAUUGCAGUUGAUGAUAUAGACUAGAUGUAAGCAGUCAAACAAGAGCUCUAAGUUACUGUAACAACACAGAUGAACUAAUUAAUUGGGACUGCAAGAAGGGAGCCUUUCUGACACGUGCUAAUUCUGUGUAAAAUAUAUCUCAUAAUGUAUUCUGAGGUGCAGCCAGUGUACGUCUGAGCACAAUAGUCUAAUUGAUACCUAAGUAUGUGACUCCCUCUAAACAUCCGAUCCCAUUUAGGAAACACAGAUUGCAUUAGCCCAAGAAAAGUGACAACGCAAAUUCAGACCAUGUGCAUAUCGUGCUUACAUUGUAUGAUAUCAAUAAAAAAAAGACUUGUACUGUACAUAGAGUUACUGCUAAUGUCAUUAGCUUUCAAUGAGGUGGUAGGUUUUGUCUCUGCACGUUAGCUCUUGCACAUAAUGAGAAUUUCAAUGGCACUACAGCUGCGUGCAUACUCAGUUUGUACUGAUACAGUAUUAUGGCAGUUCUCGGUAGACUAAACAAUAUAUAUGGAAUAGUCCUACAUGCAGAUCAUAUUUUCUACUGUGCUUUAAUGCUUAUAAAUGUGUAUGUUCAAUUAUUUACUCCCUGUACUGUAAUCUAAGAUACCCUGUAUUGUUUCCUACUUUGUGAAAUAUAUUUUUAUAAAUA